CUUAUUAAAUCUGUCAUUUUACAAUGUCCAAUUUGUCAACAUGUUAAGCAUAAAAGCUUGCCACAAUCAGUCAAAGGACAGUUGGCACAUGGCAAGUUGCCUGGGCAAAUAUGGCAAAUUGAUUAUAUUGGUCCGUUAAUUUGAGACAAAGGAUGCCAAUAUGUAUGUACUGUUGUGGACACCUAUUCUGGAUAACUAGUCACAAUCCCAUUUGGAAAAGCCAAUCAGAAUAAUACUGUUAAAACACUGGAGAUAAUUAAUUUAUAUUAUGGUGUUCCACUUCAAAUUCAAAGUGACAAUGGUCACAUUUUAAGGGUAAGUUAAUACAAGAGCUUACCCAGGAGCACAAUAUACAAUGGGUGUUUCAUAUUCCUUACUAUCCUCAAGCUGCUGGUUUAAUUUUUAAAAAGUGAAUGAAUUAUUAAAUAAACAGCUGAUUAAAUUAGGACAGGGCUCUUAUAAAAAUUGGAGGACUAAUUUAAAUACUGCCUUAAAUAUAUUAAACUACCAUCCAAUUAGGGAAUCUGAAAUUCACCUGAUGAGAAUGACUAUAACAAAUUUACAAAUUCAUCAGACAGAUGUUCAUCUAGAGAGAGUUGAAUGCUGGGAAAUCUUGCCAGGAGCAUUAGCUCUUUUUUGAGCCUCUCCUGAGGCUGCAGGACUUGAUUCGUAUUGUAUAACUGAACAAAGACUUACCAAGAGGUUAAUCUGUGCUAUGCCAACUGGUAUCAACAUAAAGAUGCCUCCUGGACAUUUUGGACUAAUUAAAGAAUAGUCUAGUCUAGCCCUUAAAGCUAUUUAUGUCUGAGGGGGAGUAACUGACCCUGAUUAUCAGGGAGAAGUUAAAAUAAUUUUACAAAAUAAAGGUAAUGACAAUUUGUUCAUCAAUAAACAUGACAGGUCGCACAAUUACUUAUUCUCCCCUACUUUAUUGGAAAAACUAAGAAAGGAGAACCUCCCACUCUGUUAACUGUCUGGGGAGAUGGAGGAUUUGGAUUCACAACAGAGCACAAUUCAGUUGGAGCUAGAGUCUGGGUGAAGCAACCUAAUGAUCCUCCUAUACUUGCUGAUGUAAUUGCAUAGGGGAAGAAUAACACUGUGUUGGUGAGGAUCCCUGGACAAUAAACAUGGAAACAUGUGCCAUUAACCCACUGUUAUUCUCACGAAUAGAUUACUUUUGGAAGCCUGACUGUAAUAUGGAUUGUAACCGAAGCUUCAACCCAGGACACAUACUUUAUCGCAAGGAUGACUCAAUGUAUUCAGCUGAAUGGGGGAUCUGGAGAUGAAAGAAUUCAAUUCAGAAUAAAACUUAGGACAAUUUUACCUUCCCCAUGAACCAGGUUUGCCCAAUUGUAAACCUGACCUUUUUGGACAGAACCUGUCCAUUUGGACAGGUGACCCUAGUAACCCUUGGACUCAGGCUUUUGUACACUCUACUAACUCUUACUCUCUCAUGGUUGAAUGAGUCCUCAAGUAUCUAUUAGGUGUUGUCACAAAUCAAAAAUCCCUCUUAAAAAUACUGUUUUGGAAAAAGCAUAGAAUAUUAUAAAUUCUUGCAAAAAGGAUACUACUUUACAGAUAUAUAAUGGAACUAUUACACACAAAAUGUAUCGUUAACACAAGUUUCUUUGUUAGUAUGUUUUAAUAAUUCACAGAUUAAUGGAAGAAAUAACCCUUAGAUGGAUAUUGUUACUGUCUUAGGUUCUCAUCUUGAUGUUACAUCUCAUUCACUUAAGAUUCCUCAAUCAUGUACUCAGGUAGGCCAACACUGACAAAAAUUUGUAUUAUAUUUUACUAUUACCUUUCCUGCACAACCCAAAUGCAAAAUAAAAUGAGCAUGCUAUGAUACUUUAUUAGGGGCUACCGGCACUGGAAUGGGCUUAGUAAAUUCUAUUGAUGUAGAAACUUUAGCAUCUAGAUUACAUAACACCAGUAAGGAUAUAGCCCAAGCAUUAACUAUUAAUGCUAAAUGGAUGCCUACUACUCUCAGACCACAUGAGCUCAGUAUAGGUUAUGAUUAAAAUUUCUUACAAUUGUUCGUUUCAUUAACAGAUAGAUUAAGUCAAACUGCAGGCAUAAUUGAAGUGUUUAACUGGACUGUGUGUUCUAUACAAAAGUUGUAUUACCUUGCUCAAAAAGAUAAAGCCCAAGAAAUAUUGACGUCUACCAAUGUAUAUUCAUGGAGGAAGAUAUUUUAAAAAUAGAUACCAAAAGAUCAUUGGAUAUUCGUCCAUGAAAGAAAAACUAGAUGUGAGAAAACCUGGUGUGUUGGGACUACAUUCCAUUAUGCUGUAAAAAUUAAAAUCUCUAUAUGUCAAUUUCAUGUACUACCUAUUGUUUUUGGAAAAAAUAUUGGUUACCCCAUUUCACAGAAAAUCAUCUAGAUUUCAAUAACAAUACCCACUUAUUGAUGGACUAUGAGAGAACUGCCGAGGGACUGGUUCGUAGCCAGACUUCUUGAAUCUGGGAACCCUGUUUAUUGGAAAACUCAAUCACUGUAAAUGGACUAUUUUUCCUCAAUCCUAUGUUUUUGAAGACACUCCUCAAUUUGUAAAAAAUUUUCUGCAUUGUUUGACCCAUUGUUGAUAAUCUCAACUGUAUGGUUUUUAUUGACUAUAUGAAAUUGUUAGUUAUCUUAUCACAUUAAAAAAACUGCUAAAGAGACCUUACCUUAUUCUUAUGCUCUUCAGCCUAAACAAUCCUGAGGCCCAACAUUGGGGAAGUUAAUAGUCUUGUUCAGGCUACGGAAGCAAUGAUAGGCCUUUAACUAAACAAAGACACUGAAAGGAGCUACGUGCCAAACUGCUGGACUACGUGCAGUUCAGCAGAAAUGGCACAAACAAGCCUUGAGAACCAACAAAUAAAGAAUGGAGUAGGUCAAAAAGCUUCCUGAGCCUUGGGAAUCUGGCCAGUUUCUGCGGAUCAGUGAACAUUCUGAGACUUGUGACUAAAUUAUCAAAGCAUUUAUGAUGAUAGCCAGAGCUCCAUAUUUGCACGUAAGCUGAUGAUUAUCAGCUUGUGGCUUGGCCUUAAAAGCAGGACCCCUUUGAGCAGUACUCUGAAGUCUCACCUGUGGAGUGGACGCACUGCCCAGGAUCUUCCAACUGGGACUCCAGAUUGCUGUUGCAGGGACUUCUCAGCGCUGCUUGGAUCUGGACGUUUAUUGUAACGUGCAAAAAUGGUGCUCAGUCUGAAUGUUAUUCUGUUCCUAACUCUGCAUCUCUUGCCUGGAAUGAAAAGCUCAAUGGUAAAUUUGAUUAACAAUGGAUAUGAAGGCAUUGUCAUUGCAAUUAACCCCAGUGUGCCAGAAGAUGAAAAACUCAUUCAAAUCAUAAAGGAAAUGGUAACUGAAGCUUCUACUUACCUGUUUCAUGCCACCAAACGAAGAGUUUAUUUCAGGAAUGUAAGCAUUUUAAUUCCAAUGACCUGGAAAUCAAAAUCUGAGUACUUAAUGCCAAAACAAGAAUCAUAUGACCAGGCAGAUGUCAUAGUUGCUAAUCCUUACCUAAAAUAUGGAAAUGAUCCCUAUACACUUCAAUAUGGAAAAUGUGGAGAAAAAGGACAAUAUAUACAUUUUACUCCAAACUUCUUGUUGACUAAUGAUUUGCCCAUCUAUGGGUCCCGAGGCAGAGUAUUUGUCCAUGAGUGGGCCCAUCUCCGAUGGGGAAUAUUUGAUGAGUAUAAUGUGGACCAGCCAUUCUAUAUUUCCAGAAGGAACACUAUUGAAGCAACAAGAUGUUCAGCUCAUAUUACUGGCAUUAACGUGAUUUUCAAGGAAUACCAGGGAGUCAGAUGUAUAACAAGGCCAUGCAGACAUGACUCACAGACAGGGCUAUAUGAACCAAAAUGUACAUUCAUCCCAGAAAAAUCCCAGACUGCAAAGGAGUCCAUUAUGUUUAUGCAAAGUCUCCAUUCUGUGGCUGAAUUUUGUACAGAAGAAACACACAAUACAGAAGCUCCAAACCUACAAAACAAAAUGUGCAAUGGCAGAAGCACAUGGGAUGUAAUCAUGGACUCUGAUGACUUUCAGAAUAUAUCUCCCAUGACAGAAGUGAAUCCACCAACUCAUCCUACAUUUUCAUUGCUCAAGUCCAAACAGCGGGUAGUCUGUUUGGUACUUGAUAAAUCUGGAAGCAUGAGUUCAGAAGACCGUCUCUUUCGAAUGAAUCAAGCAGCAGAAAUAUACUUGAUUCAAAUUAUCGAAAAGGGAUCCUUGGUUGGGCUGGUUACAUUUAACAGUGUUGCUGAAAUCCAAAAUCAUCUAACAGAAAUAACCGAUGGUAAUGUUUACCAAAAUAUCACUGCAAAUCUGCCUCAAAGAGCUUACGGUGGAACUUCAAUUUGCAGGGGACUCAAAGUAGCAUUCCAGGCAAUUAUCCACAGUAACCAGAGCGCUUCUGGUUCUGAAAUCAUAUUACUAACUGAUGGAGAAGAUAAGGAAAUAAACUCAUGCUUUGAGGAGGUAAAACAAAGUGGUGUGGUCAUUCACACCAUUGCUCUGGGACCUUCUGCUGCUAAAGAACUGGAGACGCUGUCAGAUGUGACAGGAGGACAUCGUUUUUAUGCCAAUAAAGAUAUAAAUGGCCUUACUAACGCUUUCAGUAGAAUUUCAUCUAGAAGUGGCAGCAUCACUCAGCAGGCUAUUCAGUUGGAAAGCAAAGCCUCGACAAUUACAGGAAUGAAAUGGAUAAAAGGUACAGUGCCUGUGGAUAGUACAAUAGGAAAUGACACUUUCUUUGUCGUCACAUGGACAAUACAAAAGCCAGAAAUUCUUCUCCAAGAUCCAAAAGGAAAGAUUUAUAAAACCUCAGAUUUCAAAGAAGAUAAGCUAAAUAUUCGGUCUGCUCGUCUUCAAAUACCAGAUAUUGCAGAGACAGGUAUUUGGGCUUACAGCCUUGUAAAUAAUCACACCACCUCUCAAAUGCUAACGCUGACAGUGACUACUCGAGCAAGAAGUCCUACUACUCUCCCAGUAAUUGCAACUGCUCACAUGAGUCAAAAUACAGCACAAUACCCUAGCCCAGUGAUUGUUUACGCACAAGUCAGUCAAGGGUUUUUGCCUGUACUGGGAAUCAAUGUAACAGCCAUUAUAGAAGCCGAAGAUGGACAUCAAGAAACAUUGGAGCUCUGGGACAACGGUGCAGGUGCUGAUACUGUCAAGAAUGAUGGCAUCUACUCAAGAUAUUUUAUAGAUUACCAUGGAAAUGGUAGAUACAGUUUAAAAGUACAUGCCCAGGCAAGAAACAACAUGGCUAGGCUAAGUUUAAGACAACGGCAGAACAAAGCUCUGUAUAUACCAGGCUAUGUUGAAAAUGGUAAAAUUAUACUGAACCCACCCAGACCUGAAGUCAAAGAUGACAUGGCAAAAGCUGAAAUAGAAGACUUUAGCAGAGUAACCUCUGGGGGGUCGUUUACUGUAUCAGGAGCUCCUCCUUCUGGUGAUCACCCUCAUGUGUUCCCACCCAGUAAAAUUACAGACCUUGUGGCUAAGUUUAAAGAAGAUCAUAUUCAACUUUCAUGGACAGCCCCUGGCAAUGUCCUUGAUAGAGGAAAAGCCAAGAGCUACAUUAUAAGAAUAAGUAAGAGUUUCCUGGAUCUCCGAGAAAAUUUGGACAAUGCUACUUUAGUGAAUACUUCUAGUCUAAUACCUAAGGAGGUCAGCUCAAUAGAAAAUUUUGAAUUUAAGCCAGAACCUUUUAGAAUAGAAAAUGGCACCAUAUACUAUAUCGCAGUCCAAGCCUUCAGUGAAGACAGUCUCAUGUCAGAGGUUUCUAACAUUGCACAAGCAACCAAGUUUAUUCCUCUGCCAGAAGACAGGGUCCCUGCUCUGGGUACCAAGAUUUCUGCAAUCAGUUCAGCAAUUUUUGGAUUAACUAUGAUUUUAUCUAUAUUUUAAACUAGGAAUUGUAUCAGAACUGAAAUUCAAUGUUAUACAUAUUUAGUAAACAUUUAUUUAGAAUUAAUUUGCUAUACUAAGUGUCUAUUAUAAAGCUCUUUGAAAUAUAUAAGUGUAUGUACUAAAGUCGUAAAUUUCCUAAGUACUUGAGUUUAUUAGUUCUAAUUAGUCUCCAUGUAAAGCAAAAUGAAUAUACCAUUUCCUAUCUUUGAAAAAUAUGUUUAUUAACUUAAUAUAAAAUA